GGUGUGUUUUGUUGUGGUAACUAAUGAUGUAAUUCUGUAUCUUGUGUUGAUAGAUUGGGCGAGAUGGUGUGAUUUCGUGUUUUGCGUUKUGAUGCAACGCGAGUAGGUAUCAUCGAUUGCAAUGCAGCAGCACUCCUGGUGGCGUGUACGUGGUGGUACAAUGUGCUGAUGUAUAGUAUCCCGUGACAUGGGUGUCAUUCAGUAUCUUGAKUGGCGUCCUUCGUAGAUUCGUCGACGAUGGCGACCUGUGCAGCUAUCGAAUGGCCUUGGCGCGCUUGUAUUCCAUGAGGAAAAAGUCGUGCUGAAUGUGGUUGUCGAUGUUCACCCUGCCAAUGUUCGCAUCGCUCUGGAUGAGCUGGCGAAYGUCUCGGAGUUUCACCUUUAGGUUUCGGAGGGCCGCCUUGCGGGGCAGGUCRGUGUGGUCAUCGAUGGUGUGUUCCCGGUAGUCCAUCGCGGCGGUCAUUGUGCUGUUYGUGUUCUUUUUGCAAUUAUUGCGUCCUUGCGUUGUCUUGGUUUGAGCUGUGAAAGAGAUUGGUUCGUGUUCUUUAGAGAGAGAGGAUCGGUAUUAGUCUUGUUUUUGGACUUCGUAUUUCUAGUAUAGCAAGUCUACUGGGAGAGUCAAUUGAAGAUUUGUUGGAACCCAAGAUCAACAGGUUUGUCGCUGAGAUUUGUGAGGCAGCCGAUUGUGUUUGUUGAUUGUACCUCAAACACUUUCCAUUCUACCAGAAGAUUUCGUACGAACAAUCCUCCUACGCACGUCUACCCUUUAUCGAUCAAUCAAAUCUCGAGGCGAGAAGCAAUCUAACGCACGAAUUCGCAAUUCGGAAUCGAGUUSUGUGACAGUGUCACCGGUUGAAAUAAAAGGCGUCAUCCAAAUUCAAAGAACACAUUCUGUGCCCGGAGAACCGCAAUCAACCGCGGUUUUCGUAACUUGUAGCCGCUCGACCGUAGACGGAUCCCAAAACAUGACACCAGUACCGCUCCGUACUUAGAUUUACGUUAAGGUGUCGUAGCGUUAUGCGCCGUAGCGUAGGUCACCGCACGUACGGCAGCUCUWACUGUAGAAUUUCAGUAUUAGAAAGUAGGUGUACUUCGUAUUACUCUAUCUCCUACUGUAUUUACGUACAAUAAAGAGUGAGCUUAUUCACUAUCUACUCGUACAUACCUUGAUAUGAGCGAAUCGUAGGUAUGAUCUAGUUACUGGAUACUGGACGCCAGGGGUCAGUACUCGUACGAGUACGUUCUGUGUUGUACAUACGUACGGUCACAGGGGUCUAAAGUAUGACCCCUUCGAACGGUACGUACCGUACGGUUACCAUGUACAAUCACGAGGAAGGCGUCACUCCGAUGACGCCUGUUUUGCGCAACAACGGAAAAAGCUUAUUGCAUCCGCGUACGAUACCGGUAGGUGCUACGGUAGAUUGGCGAGUUCCAGUACGUACGUGUACUAUCCUAUCCUUUCGAUUAUCUUUCGUUUCUUUUUACUGACACCAAGAGUUCUUUUUGGUGUGGACGGCAAAGGCUUGGAACASACUCACAGUCUCACACACGUACACAACAAAGUGUGGAAGAAUUUUAGCCGAAAGCAAGAUCGCCAGUCACCACCUUGGCUGGAUCUGAAAUCGCGAUCCCAGUUCAGGUCUCGUUUCAGAAGAGCAGCACGUCAUCGUUGCCACACAUUGCGCGCCGACGGUCCAUGCCAUUUCUUCUUGCGAACGGCUUGAGGGGAGCGGCUUCGGCAACACGAGCAUUUCGACCUUCGUCUCCCACGACCCUCGCAUUUGCCGCUGCURCGGUACUGUCCCUCUUCUCCACCGGUAGUUCCACGGCCACCAUGGCCGACGCGAUGCCCGUGGGUGUUCCCAAGCGGAUGCACCUUACGCCUCUCAUGAAGGACUCGGCGAGCUGGCUGUCCACCGCCAGCCUGGUCCCGAUCGACUUUUCUCCGGGGAUCGGAGACCUGGUGACAGAGUCCGCCGACCAGACCGUCACCGGAAAAGAAGCCGUGGCGGCCAACUCGGGAAAGGCGGGGAGCAUCUGCUUCGUGGUCCGCAGGCCCGGGUGAGUCUUGUGCCGCGAACACGGGCAGCAACUGUCCGAGUUGGCGGCRACUGGCGAGGGAGGAGAGGCCUCCCCCCUGGAGGGAUUYGAUCUGUUCGGGGUCGUCAAGGAGACUGGAGUGGUGCGUAUCGCAGCUCCUUGUUUUGGUGCCUCGUGUCUUGUUCCGCUGUGUUUUUGCUUUGGUGCCUUUGUUGGAUCGAAUGGCGUGUUUUGCAAUACCGAAGAGUUGGGGUUGYUUGGCCAUUUGUUUCUCUGUUGCUCCUGCUGUUGUUGGUUUUCUCCGAGCGCCCGGGUUCUUACGUUUUGAUUGCACAUCGUCCAUCGCUUGYACCGUGCCGUGUUUCGUUCCGUGCGCAGGACGACGAGGGACUCCGCGUCUUUCACGGGGACCACUUUAAGUUUCCACUCUACCGGGACGAGAACCUCGAUUUCUACCGCGCCUUUGGCGACGGCAAGAUYACUGACCACCUGAGCUGGUGGUCCCUCCUGAACCCCUACAAGAUCUACAAGGGCAUGAAGGGGAUGAACAAGCGGAUGAAGUCCAAGGGCCUCGAGGGCAACUUGGUCGGAGAGGGCCUCAAGACGGGUGGAAUCAUUGUCUUUGGUAGCGACGGCGAGCCCAGGUACGCCUACCCGGAGGUCACGGGAUCGGCACUGGAGGUCGACGACCUGGUCGCCGCCGUGAGGGACGUCCGGGAGAACGGUGGCGACGGCGAGUUGUAGGAAGGCAAGGCAAGGCAAGGCAAGGCAACGCCAAGCAAGGUAAAACGAAGCGAAAAAAGGGAGCACCACAUACAGCGCGCGGCUGUGGAGGCUGUGUGCUUGCCUGUGACGAUGUGAUUGGUGUCGCUAUUCGGUCGGUUCGCCCACUCCGCCCGAAUGACAAGAUCUUUUCUCUCCUCCGUUCGGCCCGUGGAUGUCGCGGGACGUUCGUUGUUGCAGAAAACAACAGAGAGAAGGAUCUUUGACAAGGGAACGAAAGUCUGUGAAUCGAAUCAAAUCGAAUCGUAUCGAGAGUGAACCAAACGGCAGACACGCAAUGCCACCAUGGUAGAAAGCACAAAGAGAACGACGGAAUCGUCUGUUCCCCACUACUAACUAUUG